AUGAACGGGACGCCGUCAUCGUCGCAAUCCACGAACCAGUAUUGGACCUGCCAAUCUUCCAAAAAAGACCUCAACGGCCCCAACACGCCCCUGGUAUUGAAAUUAGCUUCCUGUUUACCUCGAAGACUUGCCAUCAGGGUAGAACAGAGGAUUCAACAAGCUCAAGAGAAUCAACGAGAAUGGGUCACAGGUGUCCUCCUUUGUGCCUUUGCUGCCGCAAUUGUCUUAUUCCUCAAUGUGGUCCUAACCAUUAUUGCUGCUUCCAUUGCAUAUUCAAAAGCUGGGGACCAGGAAUUUACUUCUGCCACACUCUACCGCGGCAAAUGUUCUACCUCAAAGAACUGGGUGCGUGGCCUGCUUUUUUUGAUAAAUGUACUCAGCACAAUCAUGCUGGCAGCAAGCAAUUAUUGCAUGCAGUGCCUAAGUGCACCAUCUCGCAAGAUUGUUGAUAAUGCCCACACUCAGCAAAAGUGGCUUGACAUUGGAGUACCUAGUAUGAAGAAUCUCUGCUUUGUUGGCUGGAGAAGAUACAUUCUAUGGAUCUUGCUAUUGAUAUCCUCCUUGCCCAUUCAUCUAAUAUGUAACUCUGCUGUGUUCUCUGCAUUGGGCACAAAUGAGUAUAAUGUCCUCCUUGAACUUGCAGACUUCGACAUCAAAAACCCACCGGACCAUGACUCUGCUUUUGCAAGCUGUUUUGAAAAGAACGUUGCUAUGAAUAUGUCAGAUUUUUACACUCAAGUCGCGCAUUUUGAAGAGCUUGAUAAACAGAAAUGCAUUGACACUUACGCUGUUGAUUUUGUUGCAGGUCGAGGAACUCUGAUUCUCAUCACCAAUGACUUGACCGCAGAUAACGAGUCGUUGCGCUUGGUUGCCACCGGGAAUUCUCGCGAGUCAUAUACGAGCGUUCCUUUUAUGUGGAUGUGCGAUCACUCGAAUUAGCAUUGUCUAUACGAGAAUCCAGACGAUUUGUCUGUAAUAAACUCCACACCCUGGUCACUUCCCUUGUUUAAUGUGACCACUCCGUCAAAUAUCACCC